CAACUUGUGGACACCGGUCGGGGUGUGGAUGUUUACAAUUUGAAAGACCAGUCAAACCAAUCUCCAGAGGCCACGUGACCAUUUGCGAAAGAGAUACAUUUAGGGUUUUCUUUACUAUAAUUUUCACCCUCUACCCUAACUGCCAUGAGCAAGCCCGUUGAGCUAACAGAGACGCAGGUUUCUCAGUUGUUAGAUUUUUCGAAACCUUUGGACGUCUCUUUGUUGGAGUGUGCCAUAGAGGCUUCUUUUUCUUCUAAAAGUCCCCAAGAAAUCGAAAUCUGUAACAGAGUGCUUACAACUAUAAAAGAGCAUCCAGAGUCGUGGUCUCGGGCUAAUAUUAUUAUUGAGACAAGUAAUCAUCCCCAAGCGAAAUUUUUUGGAUUACAAAUUCUUGAGAAAACGGUGAACGAAAGGUGGAAUCUUAUUCCUCAACUGCAGCGAGAAGAACUUCGCAAAUACAUUGUUGGUGCCAUUGUGAGAUGCAGCAGUAGCAUAGAACUGAUGGCCGCCCACAAAGUUUUUUUGACGAAGCUUAAUAUGAUCCUCGUACAAAUCCUAAAGAAGGACUGGCCCCACGCGUGGCCAACCUUUAUACCGGACAUUGUGGCGUCCAGUCAGAAGAGUGAAACUCUUUGCUUAAAUACAAUGAAUAUCUUAUCCUUAUUUAGCGAAGAGAUUUUCGAAUUUUCUUCUGGGCAAAUGACGCGUGUGAAAGUGAAGCGUUUGAAGAGUUGUAUUGCAUCCGAGUUUUCUUCUGUGUUUAGUCUGUGCCUGUUUGUGUUUGAGAACUCUACACACGUGGAACUUUUAAAUACCACUCUGAACACGCUGCUGAAAUUUCUUAGUUGGAUUCCUCUUGGCUACAUUUUUGAAACCAAGUUGCUGGAGAUCCUUUACAAUUUUCUAACGCACGAUCAACUUCGUAACAAUUCCAUGAAAUGCCUUAUUGAAGUUGCCUGCGUUAAAGUUAACAGUAACGACUACCGGAUGCACUUCGUCUUGCUUGCACAAGGUGUGCAGCGGAUCGUUACUCAGUUGGUUCCUUUUGAAAAGUUGGCCGCCCUAUACGAAAACUCUACUAACCAGAAUCACGAAUUUGUUAGCUCACUGGCAUUAUUCUAUGCCUUUUACUUAAAGGGCCACGCUGAGGUUCUCGAGGCCGCUGCAGAGACGCAUACUCUGCUACUGGAGCUGCAUCAAUGCUUGUUGGCGAUCUCCGAAGUAGACGAUCGGGAAAUUUUCAAAGUUUGCUUGGAGUACUGGCGCUUCUUUUCCGAAUUAAUGUACACGGAGGCAUCCCAGCCGCUCUCCAUGGUUCUCGAGCCCAAGAGACGAAGCCUUUACACCAACAAGACUGAUAUAAUGAAUCCUCUGCGGCGCGUGUUGAUUUCUAAGAUGGUCAAACCCGAAGAAGUGUUAGUCGUCGAAAACGAAAAUGGAGAAUUGGUUCGAGAGUUUAUGCCCGCCCACACCGACACGCUUUCGAUGUUCCAGACAAUGCAGGAAACGUUGGUGUACCUAACGCGCCUCGAUUUCGACAGCACCAAGUCAAUCAUGGUAGACAUGCUUUCUGCCGUGGUGCUGUCCCCCAAUUGGACUUGGCAAAGACUGAACACCCUUUGCUGGGCUAUCGGCGCUAUAAGCGGCACCAUGCCGAUCACGGAGGAAGAGCAGUUUCUCGUGAAGGUUAUCAAGUAUCUGUUAGGCCUUUGUGAUCAAGCCAAAGGAAAGAGUAAUAAGGCUGUUGUUGCCUCCAAUAUAAUGUACGUUGUUGGGCAAUAUCCUCGUUUUCUGAAGGCGCAUUGGAAUUUUCUAAGCGUUGUGGUUAAGAAGCUCUUUGAAUUUAUGCAUGAAAGUCACGAGGGUGUCCAGGACAUGAGCUGUGACACUUUUCUGAAAAUAUCAAAGCAAUGCGCACGCUCGUUUGUGACAAUCCACGUUGGAGAGUCGCAUCCCUUUGUUAAUGGAAUUUUAUCAGACUUGAGGAUCACUAUAUCCGACCUUCAACCUCAACAAGUGGAAACAUUUUACGAGGCUGUCGGGCAUAUGAUUGCAGCCCAGAACGAUCUUCUAACCAAGCAGGGCCUUAUCAUGAGCUUAAUGGAACUGCCCAACCAGUUGUGGACACACUGCAUCAGAAAAGUCGCUGUGGACCAGAACGAACUUCGCAACGAGGAAGUCCUCAAAUCCUUAUCGAAUGUUCUUCGUUUAAACAUUCGAGCCUGCCAAGCUAUUGGCCACGAGUUUGUGGUCCAAAUAGAUAAAGUUUUUAGUCAAAUGCUGACACUCUACAACGUGCUUAGCAACAUGAUUGCCGAAGCAGCAGUCGCCUAUGGGGAAGUGACCUUCAGGCAGCCGUUGUAUAGAAGGAUGCACUCCCUCAAGCACGACUUCUUGUGUCUGCUAAAAACUUGGAUCGGCCUCUCGAACAAUUGGGAAUACCUCCGAACUACUUACCUUGGGCAAAUUUUAGGUCCCAUUCUAGACGACUACAGAAGCAGCGCGCCUCCCGCCAAGGAACCGGAAGUCCUGCAGCUGCUUAAGGCCUUGUGUGAUACUUACGGCCAACUGAUCAGUGCUUCUAUCCCCAUCGUCUUUGAUGCUGUCUUUGAGUGCACGCUGGACAUGAUUACCAAGGACCUCUCUGCUUAUCCGACUCACAGAAUCAACUUUUACAGAUUAUUGGCAUCCGUCAGUGGUCACUGCUUUCAAGCAUUCGUUGAAGUGACUGCAAAGCACUUCCAGCUUAUCAUAGACUCUGUGGUGUGGGCAAUGAAGCACGCUAUGAGGAACGUAUGCGAGUCCGGCCUCAAUAUAUUGCACCAUAUUUUAAGUGGCGUUGGUUCCACCGGCUUUGCUCAGCAGUUCUAUACGACUUAUUAUUUAACGCUUCUUGGCCAUUUGCUUUCCAUCCUCACCGACUCGACCUACCAGCAUGCUUUCGAUAAGAUGGCUUCGAUUCUCUCUCUGAUGAUUGAUGCGGUGGACGCUGGACGGAUCCGCCACCCCUUGUCCCCUGAGCACUCCUCUAACAAAGAGUGCGUCCAAGCUUACUUGAGAGAAACGCUGACAGUCGCUUUUCCCACCCUUCACUCUGCGCAAGCGGAAACAAUCAUUCAGCAACUUUUUACUCACUACGCCGACUCGGAAACUUUUAAAGGAGUCCUUUCCGACUUUCUUGUUCAAACUAAAGUUUAUGAAGAUGAGCGAGAAAUUGAAGCUUACACACGCGAUGCACAGGAACAAAUGUUAAAGGUUCAAGAAAGAAAAAACUUGUCAGGACAAAUUCCAGGCUUUGUUAGUCACCGUAAGAUAGGAGAAACUCAACUUUACUAA